UGGGCAGGGCAGUUGGCUGCAAUUACUGGAGGCUUCUACCCUGUGGUUAUAUCCCUGACCCCGGUGUUUGGGGACGGGAAGGGUGGGCCCUGGAGCCAGCCUGUGGCCAGGAGCCUCCUUGUCUUGGGCUCAAAGCUGCUGGGUUGGGAAGAGGUCCCGAGGAGCCCAAGCCAAUUGCUCUUGGCUCCUUGGCUAGCCACAUACCUCCAGCGGCUUAUGGGGCACUGUCCUUUCCAGCUUUGCCAAGAUGCUCCUGGCCUCUCCCUCUACCCCAUCCAGGGCACGGACCCCCAGCGCCGUGGAGCGGCUGGAAGCCGACAAAGCCAAGUAUGUCAAGACGCACCAGGUGAUAGCCCGGCGACAAGAGCCAGCCCUGCGCGGGGGUCCCAAGCCGCUCACUCCGCAUGCCUGCAAUGAGCUGGGUCCCUCUGCAUCGCCCAGGACCCCGAGGCCAGCACGCCGGGGCAGCGGCAGAAGGGUACCAAGGCCUGACUCUCUCAUUUUCUACCGCCAGAAACGGGACUGUAAAGCUUCAGUGAACAAAGAGAACGCCAAGGGCCAGGGGCUGGUGCGGCGCCUCUUCCUGGGCGCCCCACGGGACGCCCCCCCGAGCAGCCCGGGCCCAAACGAGAGACCUGCGGUUCCUGGGGGUUGGUCUGCAGCUCAAGACAACCCGGAAGCGGUGAGAAAGCGGGCGCUGUGCCCCACGUGCUCCCUGCCGCUGUCAGAGAAGGAGCGCUUCUUUAACUACUGCGGCCUGGAGCGCGCGCUGGUGGAAGUGCUGGGCGUCGAGCGCUUCUCUCCGCAGAGCUGGGGCACCGACGCCAGCCCUCAGACUGGAACUUCCCCGCUUCCGGGCUCGGGAGACACCAGCGACUGGACAUCCAGCGACGGGGGCGCGGACCGCCCGGAAUGCCCAGGCGACGGCUGCCGCGGCGGCUCGGAGGCGGCGGGCUCGGCGCGGGACGGGCGCCCGGCCGUGUCGGUGGUGGAGCGCAACGCGCGCGUUAUCCAGUGGCUGUACGGCUGCCAGCGCGCCCGCGGCCCGCCGCGCGAGUCCGAAGUGUGAUCGUGGUUGCUCGGCAGCCGGCUCCUGGGGAGUCUGGAGCGCGAGGCUCGGCCUGGGCACCCUCUGGAACUCGGUUUCCCAUCUGAACCUCGGGGAGAUGGGACACGAUCCCGAAGGCCCUUCCCAGUGCCUGCCGCAGAGGGGGAGAGAGGGCCUAGUGGUCCCUGUGGAGGCCAGGUCUGGGGAGUGAUGCCCUAGGGUGGGAGAUGAACAAACCUGCUGAAUAAAGCUGAAACGUUAUUUCAGGGGACGUGAGUUCAGAUUAGAGGGCGGCUGUUGGGGAAGAGGAUGGACGGGUUUGCCUGGUUAAGUGCAUGGGUUUUGGAGUGCGGGUUCUAGACGGUGUGGCUCUGAGCAAGCACUUAAUCUCAAUGUACGCAGCUACGCCCGUCGGUUAUUAAAGAGAGAAGAGGGCCAGCCCAGUGGCUCACUCCUGUAAUCCCAGCACUCUGGGGGUCCGAGACCAGCCUCAGCUACAAAGAGACCCCGCCUCUAAAAAUAGCCGAGCCUGCGUUGGAGGUAUAGUGGUGAGCAUAGCUGCCUUCUAAAAAUAGCGGGGGCUCGUGGCAGGCGCCUGUAAUCCCAGCUACUCGGGAAGCUGAGGCAAGAAUAUCGCUUGAACCCAGGAGUCUGAGGUUGCUGUGAGCCAUGACGCCACAGCACUCUGCAGGUGGAGACAAAGUUAGACUCUGUCUCAAUAAAAAAAAAAAAAAAAGAAGAGAGAUAAUAAAAUUUUGAAGUAGUUGUAACGCGCGUAGCAGAGUACCCUGCAUAUAGAAGUGUUCAAUAAACGGUAGCUGCUU